AUGAAAAAAACCACUUCUAAUCAGCCUGUGCCUCCUCGGCCUACUACCAAAGUAAUAGCUGCAAGCAUAAAAGAAAAACGACCGGCUAGUGGUGGAUUAUCAUCACGAAGUACGGUUUCAGAGCUUCGCUCAAUUGGAAAACCCAAGGCUGCAAAAGGAGGUAAACUCCGAGAUGCCGAAGAUGCCACUGACGAAACAGUAGAGGCAGGACCAAAAGAAGGAGAUGCGUCUUUAUCAUGGUUGUAUCUUACCCAAGAGAAUAUUGAUGAGCUGAAGGCUUGCGAACCUGAUGAUGAGUUGGGAAAGCUGGCACAGAUUAUUGGUAUGCCAUUAUGGAAGGACGAUAUACAAUGCAGCAUCCUAAUGUCGUUUUAUUAUAGUAAUUAUUACUUUUCCAAGGAAAACAAGUUUUCUCCUAUCCAGAUCAGUGUCUUUUUUUCUAUCAUGAAACUGACCUUGGACAAGUCAUUAGAAAAAUCCUUGACUCAUACGCAGACACUAUCAGAGUUUAAAAAAUUGCUGUUUGACAGCUUAGCUGAGCCAUCAUCACCUGCAAUAUUGGCCAAUAGUACUAAUCAAAUUGAAGAUCCUACCAGCAGUAUAUUUGAGCCGGCAGAAUGCAAACUCAUUAUUGAUUAUGCAAUGACCACGUUAUUUCAGCAUUUUAAACUAUUUCAUUAUGUCUUUAAUAAUGAUCAAGAGAAACAAGAGGUCAGCUGGCCAGUAGCUCUUGAAAUACCAUUUUCAGCCUUGCCAUUAUCUGAUGCAGACACAUUUGAGGUGCACGAGGCGGAAAAAGCUGCGCGAGAGCAAACCAAAGCUGGAAUAUUGGACGUCAAAGGAUUGUCGUAUACUCCCGAUAUUCUUGGGGUUCUUCCACCCGACGAAUUAAAGCAAACUGCAUUAGAAAAUAUAUCUGAGCUAUUGGAAGGUCUAUCAGGCGAUUUUGAUAGAAUGCUGUUGGAUCAACGCCAGAGAUUCUUGAAUCAAAUAUCAAAACUUUCCACAACAAAGGAAUAA